UGUGCCCAGGGGACCGUGCUGCUGCCCACCGUCUUCCGAGGGUGCCAAGCCCAGCAGCUGGCCGUUCGCCUGGAGCCCCAAGGGCUGCUGUAUGCAAAGCUGACCCUGUCGGAGCAGCAGGAAGCUCCAGGCACAGCCGAGCCCCGAGUCUUUGGGCUGCCCCUGCCCCUGCUGGUGGAGCGGGAGCAGCCCCCUGGUCAGGUGCCCCUCAUCAUCCAGAAGUGUGUGGGGCAGAUCGAGCGCCGAGGGCUUCGGGUCGUGGGGCUGUACCGGCUAUGCGGCUCAGCAGCAGUGAAAAAAGAACUACGGGAUGCCUUUGAGCGAGACAGUGCAGCCGUCUGCCUCUCCGAGGACCUCUACCCUGACAUCAAUGUCAUCACUGGCAUCCUCAAGGACUAUCUUCGGGAGCUGCCUACCCCACUCAUCACCCAGCCCCUCUAUCAGGUGGUGCUGGAAGCCAUGGCCCGGGGGCCCUCAGACCAGGUUCCCCACAACCCUGAGGGCACCAGAGGGCUCCUCAGCUGCCUUCCAGAUGUGGAGAGGGCCACACUGACGCUUCUCCUGGACCACCUGCGCCUGGUCUCCUCCUUCCACGCGCACAACCGCAUGACCCCGCAGAACCUGGCUGUGUGUUUCGGGCCCGUGUUACUGCCAGCGCGUCAGACGCCUGCCCGGACCCGUGGCCGCAGUUCUGGCCCAGGCCUUGCCAGCGCAGUGGAUUUCAAGCGGCACAUCGAGGUGCUGCAUUACCUGCUGCAGUCCUGGCCAGAGCCCAGAAGGCCCUCGGAAGCUCCAGACAUGGCCCCGUACCUGCGGCCCAAGCGACAGCCGCCACUGCACUUGCCUCUAGUGGGCCCUGAGGUGGUAACCAGGACCCGUGGCCGAGGCGGCCCUGAGAGCCCCCCAAGCAAUCGCUAUGCGGGGGACUGGAGCGUCUGCGGGGGAGACUUCCUGCCCUGUGGGCGAGACUUCCUGGCAGGGCCGGACUACGACCACGUGACAGGCAGCGACAGCGAGGACGAGGACGAGGAGGAGGCGGGAGAGCCGCAGGGCACCACCGACUUUGAGGAUGACUUCGAGGCGCCCUUCAACCCGCACCUGAAUCUCAAAGACUUCGAUGCCCUCAUCCUGGACCUGGAGAGAGAGCUCUCCAAGCAAAUCAACGUGUGCCUCUGAGCCCCGAGGGGCGGGACCCCGGUUGCCAAGGGCGGGGCUCCUGGUUGCUAUGGUGAGGCCCGGCUCACCAAGGACCGAAUUUGUUGCCAAGGCCCAACUCCUGGUUGCUAGCAGUUGCUCAGGGGGGUCCACCAGGGCCCCUGCUGAGAAUCCGUCCCCAUUUCCAGUGCCUUGUUGCUGGUACUCGGCCAGUGCUUGCAGAGGCCCGCUGGGUACUGGGCUUUUAGGGACCAACUGUCCUGAGUACCAAGGGCUUCUCGCUGCCAGGACGGCAGCUCUGCUUGCUAGGCGGGCCUUUCUUGCCUCCCCGUGUUCGGGGAAACACCAGUUACUGUGAGCAUCACCUUGGAAGGGUGAAACACCCCUGUCGACACCAGCCAACCCUCUUGCUGCUGCCAGCCAAAUCAGUAUUAGCUUUGGAGGUCCGCACUCUGCUUCUCCUGUCUGUGGACGGCCCAUUAUAGGAUACUGCGGGGUUUUAUUAGA